CAAGGUUUUGUUUGGAAAAGCAUUUGAAGGCAUUUGCAUUAAGUAAACAUAUAAGAUCGCUCGUAUCAAAGUCGAUUUCCGUAAAGAACGAGCGUAGGAAAUGGCGUUGAGAUCGAUCUGCCGGCUGUCAAUUGAUUCGACUUUCAGCCAUACGAGCCAUUUGCGAGCCACCGCCCGCCCGAGUCGACCGUCCUUCCUUACGUUCGUGCGAGAUUUUGCUAAAGUCGCCAAGAAAAUGAGUUUACCGCGGGUUUUCUUUGAUGUCAUCGCCGAUGACAAACCUAUGGGUCGCAUCGUUAUGGAGCUGAGGUCAGAUAUCGUCCCUAAAACGGCAGAAAAUUUCAGAGCUCUCUGCACGGGAGAGAAAGGUUUUGGUUACAAAAAUAGCAGCUUCCACAGAGUGAUCCCUAAUUUCAUGUGCCAAGGUGGUGACUUUACUAACCACAAUGGCACUGGUGGUAAAUCAAUUUAUGGGACAAGAUUCGAAGAUGAAAACUUUGUUUUGAAACACACGGAACCCGGCCUUCUGUCUAUGGCAAAUGCUGGACCCAAUACUAACGGUAGUCAGUUUUUCAUUACGAGUGGAAAGACCAGUUGGCUCGAUGGCAGGCACGUCGUGUUUGGAAAAGUUAUAGAGGGAAUGGAUAUUGUUAAAAAGAUGGAAGCUAUGGGUUCGCAGAGUGGACAGACCACCAAAAAGCUCGUGAUACAGGAAUGUGGACAACUGUAGAUCGUUUGACUAGCUACUUGCAUUAACCUCCUAUCAAUGAAAACAUGGCUUGCAAGUAAGAAGGUUUUGCGUCCGUUUAAUAACUUCUGCUAUUAUCCACACAUUGGAUGACGACAUACGAGCCAUUUGCAGAAAUUCAAUAAUAUAGAAUAAUACAUUUCUGGUUAUAUUUCUGCAUUUAUUUGUACGAACAUGUUUGACCUGUAUUUUUAUAAAUAAUACGUCACAUUAAACUAUGUCAAAUCCACAUUCUUCCGUAAAAUGUUGACCUAUGCAUGAUGUAUUAAAAGCAAAGUGUUCAUCUCGUGCGUUUACAGUAAUUUCAUUCUAUGUGGUUUAUUUCUGGUAAUUAUUAGAAAUUAGAUGCUUACUAUCUUCGAAUAGAAAUUUAGUAAAUAUUUGGGAAGUAUAAUGUAUUUUAAUGAUGCAUUCAUCUACAGUGUCGAUCUGUCGUAUUAAAUUUUCUAUUGUGCUUUUGCAUUUGAGUACAUAGACACGUGUUUAUAUUUUUCAGUAUACACGUCGUUUUUAUACCUAUAAAUCAUUCCUUUAUAUGAGGUGUAUUAUAAUCGAUAUUUACUUGACUGUUAGAAAACUGUAACGCAGGCAAUAAAGUGUGAGUUAUCUGGAAUUUCUUGUAGAGCACCAGCGUCGAAAAAUGUAGAUGCAACAGUUUGAAUAGUUCCGAUUUCUGUAAAAUAAAAUUGUUCUCAGAAAUCUA